AGUUUGUCGAGUCAUCUUCUCAUUGGCCAAAAAUGGUUAAGAUAGCUUUCGGUAGCAUCGGUGAUUCUUUUAGUGUUGGGUCUCUCAAGGCUUAUUUGGCCGAGUUCAUUGCCACCUUGCUUUUUGUCUUUGCCGGUGUUGGAUCGGCCAUUGCCUAUGGGAAGCUGACGGCUGAUGCAGCACUAGACCCAACAGGUCUGGUGGCUGUUGCGGUGGCCCAUGCAUUUGCCCUGUUUGUUGGGGUAGCAAUUGCAGCCAACAUCUCCGGUGGCCAUUUGAAUCCUGCCGUCACCUUUGGGUUGGCCGUUGGAGGAAACAUUACCAUCUUAACUGCCCUUUUCUAUUGGAUUGCCCAAUGCCUUGGCUCCAUCGUUGCUUGCCUCCUCCUCCAGUUUGUCACCAACGGAUUGAGCGUACCAACCCAUGGCGUUGCUGCAGGAAUGAACGCCGUGGAAGGCGUUGUAAUGGAGAUCGUGAUAACCUUUGCCCUUGUCUACACCGUCUAUGCCACCGCAGCUGACCCCAAAAAGGGUUCUCUUGGGAUUAUCGCACCCAUCGCAAUUGGUUUCAUCGUGGGUGCCAACAUCUUAGCCGCCGGUCCAUUUAGCGGUGGUUCAAUGAACCCAGCCCGUUCUUUUGGACCUGCGGUGGUCAGUGGGAACUUCGCUGAUAACUGGAUCUAUUGGGUUGGUCCAUUGAUUGGGGGAGGAUUAGCUGGUCUGAUUUAUGGUGACAUUUUCAUUGGCUCAUAUUCCCCAGCACCAGCUUCUGAAGACUACGCUUAAAGUUCAAAACUAUUGUUUAUGGUUUUUGUUUGGUCGUAAAUGCUUUGAUUUCAAUUUCUUAAGGUUGUGGGUGUUUUUCAUGAAUGGAAACAAAAAGCGUGCACUUGUUAAUAAGGAAAUGUAAAUAUACCUAGUUGGCUUAUGGAUAUUUCCCUUUAAUCCAAUUCUCUUU